AAAAACAUUUGGGGAAAGAAAAAAGUCAAUUGUAUAAUUUGUUCAAUUAGUUUUUCAAGAGCAGUCCUUUGGACCAUGAAGGUUGUGAUCAGUGUUGUAGUGAUGAUCGUGGGCACAGUCGUCGCCGAUUCAGGACAUGGAUGUGAGGACAUUUCCGAUUAUUACCUCGAACUUGGGUGCACGCCUGUGAAGAAAGCUGGCAACAGCUCCGAAUGCCCAAAAGCGUUCACCUGCCCGGACAUCAAGUAUACUGAUCCUGCUAAGUGCUACUACAGGGGCGUAGCCUACGAACCUGGUGCAGCAAUUCCACAAUCAGAGAUCUUGAAUCCGUGCUCAAGGGUGUGCGUGUGUCAGAUAUCCGGUGACGUUGGGGCUAGAUUCGAGUGUGCUCAGGUUGACUGCGUUGAGACGUUCAGCUCGGAGAAAAGGGAAUGUUUGUACACCUUCAACUCAUUGAACGACUGUUGCAGUACUGGCAGUGUUUGUGGCAAAGACGCCGUAGCGGCGUUAAAGAACUGCGAAAUAGACGACAGAUCAUUUAAAGAAGGAGAGAUGUUCGAGCCUGCGAAUCGUCACAAGAUAUGCCUGUGCUCAUCUGAAUGGGACGGGAACAUAGACAGUAAUAAAAGCUGCCGAGACAUCAACUGUGGCAUUGAACUUCACUAUCAACCAAAACUCAGGCAGAAUUGCGCCCCUGUUUUCUCUGAGCAUCAAUCGGGCAGCAGCAAAUGUCCUAUUGGUUUUCAGUGUCCCAAUGACUCGAUAAAAGUGACAAGACUAAACAAGGUGACAGAGGUGACCGAAAAGUGUGUGUUCGGCAACGACACCCUCGCAGUAGGUGAUGAGGUCACCGUCAUGGAGAAAUGCGUUACCUGCAAAUGCGGCUUGCCGCCGUCCAUUCAUUGCAUUAAAGUUGAGACCUGUGAUAAUUAGAGGCUGAGAAGCUGCUUCUUAAACCCAGAAAUAGUGGAUCCAGGAUUUAUGUUAGUUAUUGACAACAAUUAGUUUUUCAAUAUAAAUUUUAAAUUUACACGAGUCACUAAACGAUAGCUGUAAAUUAGUUUACCUAUCACUGGGGUCACUGAAAAUCAUACAAGCUGAAUAGAUAACGGAUUCUAUGACAGCCUGCUCUGUGAUGCUAAUUAUAUAUAAUUUCGCUUGAGUUUGAAUAAAGCAUGCUGCGCCUACUGUUUGUAUAAAUCUGAUAUUUUUAGUCGUAAUAUAUUAUGAAUAGGACAUAAAUAAAAUAAUAAAUAAAUAUAAAAUAUUGUCAAAAUACAAUGACCUGCAAU